GCUCCGCUCCAGGGAAGCCGAGAAGCGGCACACCCGGCCCCGGAGCAGCAGGCGAAGUUUCCCUGCAGCGCGUUGCGCGAUCUCAAGGGAGCCCGCACCCAGGCUGGGGAGGCAGCUCCCGGGCCAGAGGUGGGAAGCGCUCGAGCAGCCGGCUAGGGGAGGGAGCGCGCUGUCCCACCAGCCCCGCACUUCAGGGGGUGGGGAAAGAAGCCCCGGGCAAAGGGACCUCCCCGCAGGAGAGACUGAAAAGGAGCCAGAGAAGGGGGGGGGGAAGCGAGAGCCCAAGGAAAUUCCCCCUCCUCCCCCGCCAGCAGCGACUUUGCGGCUGUCGCGGCUCCGGAUCAGGAUGCGGCUCCCGUUGCUGCUGCUGCUGCUGCUCCCGGAGCUGCUCCUUCUGGUGCCAGCUCAGAAGUUCUCCGCGCUCACGUUUUUGAGAGUGGACCAAGACAAAGACCGAGAAUGCAGCCUGGACUGUGCAGGAUCCCCUCAGAAGUCACUUUGUGCUUCUGAUGGUAGGACUUUCCUGUCCCGUUGUGAAUUUCAACGAGCAAAAUGCAAAGAUCCUCAGUUGGAAAUCGCAUAUAGGGGCAACUGCAAAGAUGUUUCCAGGUGUGUGGCAGAGAGGAAAUACACCCAGGAACAAGCCCGCAAGGAGCUUCAGCAAGUUUUCAUUCCCGAGUGUAAUGAUGAUGGCACAUACAGCCAGGUUCAGUGUCAUAGUUACACAGGAUACUGUUGGUGUGUCACUCCCAAUGGACGUCCAAUCAGUGGUACAGCUGUAGCACAUAAAACUCCACGAUGUCCAGGGUCUGUAACUGAGAAGUUGCCACAACGAGAAGGUGCAGGAAAUACAGUCUCCUUGCAAAUCUUUUCCAUUCUGAAUUCAGAUGAUGCCUCAGCUCCUGCGCUGGAGACUCAGCCUCAAGGUGAUGAGGAAGAUAUAGCUUCUCGUUACCCUACAUUAUGGACUGAGCAAGUAAAGAGUAGGCAAAACAAAACCAAUAAAAAUUCAGCAUCGUCAUGUGAUCAAGAACUUCAGUCUGCACUGGAGGAAGCUAAACAACCCCAAAAAGACAAUGUGUUCAUUCCAGAGUGCGCUCAGGGUGGCCUUUACAAGCCCGUGCAAUGUCAUCCUUCCACAGGCUACUGCUGGUGUGUUCUUGUAGACACAGGACGUCCCAUCCCUGGUACAUCAACUAGGUAUGAACAACCUAAGUGUGAUAACAGCGCCAGAGCUCAUCCAACCAAAACAAAGGAUUUGUACAAAGGACGCCAGCUUCAAGGUUGUCCAGGGGCCAAGAAGAAUGAGUUCCUGACCAGUGUUCUGGAUGCACUCUCCACCGAUAUGGUCCACGCAGUCUCCGAUCCAUCAUUGUCUUCCAGCAGGCUUUCAGAACCUGAUCCAAAUCAUACGCUGGAAGAGAGAGUGGUCCACUGGUAUUUCAAACAACUUGAUAAAAAUUCCAGUGGUGACAUCGGCAAAAAGGAAAUCAAACCGUUCAAGAGAUUCCUGCGAAAAAAGUCUAAGCCCAAAAAAUGUGUGAAGAAGUUUGUAGAAUACUGUGAUGUGAACAAUGACAAAUCCUUAUCAGUUCAAGAAUUAAUGGGUUGUCUGGGAGUAACAAAAGAAGAAGGUAAAGCAGACACAAAGAAACGCCACACCCCCAAAAAUAAUCCUGAAGGCACUUCCUCCAACAGACAGCAAAGCUCUAAGAAGCAAGGAUGAACAGCUUACAUAUCCAAGCCAGAUCUCUUUGACAUGUGGGAGAUUUCCUCACCAAAAGGCAAUAAAAAAAACAACCAUAGUAUUUGCACUUUGUACUUUAAAAUGUAAAUUCACCUUGUAGAAAUGAGAUAUUUAAACAGACUGUUUUUUUAAUCUGUGAAAAUGUAACAGCUAGUUUUGAAAAAUUAUCACAUACAAUGUAUGUGCCUUCUUUUGUCGUAUGAAAUCUGUACGUGUUGGAGAUGUAAAAGUUUGCAUUUAAACUUUUUUUAAAGCAGCUUUCUUGCAAACAUUAAUAUAGAAACCUGCCUCUAAGUAUCUUGGUUUCAAUAGUAUGUCUUGUUUUUCCUUACCAAUACAGUCAUUUAAACAUAGUUAUGCUGAAAAACUGCUUAAGAUCUACUGUAUUUACAAUUUUGUCCAAGCAAUGUUGGAGAUUUUAUGUUUCCAAGUCCAAGGGAAGUGUGAAAAUUGCUGUUGACUCAUUUUUGCAGCCUCUAAUUGAAUGGAUAUUUCCCUGUUGGUGACAUUUUGAUUUUAUUAUUUUGCUUUCCAAAGAUAAUGCAAUGAGAAUGCAACCACUAAAGGAUUCCAACAGCUAUUCUAUGGUUAGGGCUCUUGUAGAAAAAUGUAUUUUAUCCAUUUGAGGUGCCUUCCAUUAUAAAUUUUACUAAGGUUUUUUGUUUGUUUGUUUUUGGGUGCCUGUGAGGGUGUGUGUAUUGGGUGGGGGGGAGGGUAUGCCCUUUUGCCUGAAUUAGUCAUGCAACUAACUGAAAAGCAAUAUGAUGGAUCAUCAUAUCACUCAAAUUAGCCUCUGUCAAGCCCUAGAGCAUUUUCCUGCAGUAAGCAUAAGGCAGCAAAGGGAUAUAUCUGUUCAGUAUUGUAAAUCUAAUUAUGAAGAGACAAAGAAGGCUAAACAGUCUUGUCUGUCUUUUGUUUUCCCUACACUUGGCUGAGCCCCCAUCCAUUCCUGGGGGUGCCGCAGGGUCCAUGAGAAGGUAGAGCUAUCACUGAACAAAUUAUGAAUAGUUGCCAUAAGGAGGUGUAGCCAGAAAUCCCCCUGCCUUAGGCAUUCUCCUUGCUCUCUGGGAGAAGUUCCUACAAGUUUUCAUACCUUUUCUGUCAUGUUUUCCUCUCUCUCUUUUCGUUCUCUCUUUUAAAGUGCCUUAAGGGAAUAGGAGCUUGCAGAUGUGAACUAGCAGGGAACUUGAAAAAAGGUUCAGACCUUGAACAUUUGAAUUGAUCAAUGCAGAGAUCAAUGGACUGCUGGCAUCUAAAAACCCUAACGUGGGUGGGUGGGGGGGCACGUUGCAAUGAGCAGCAGUUUUAUUCCAUGUUGUUAAAAUAAGUUGUGUGGGACCUGCCUUUGGAGCAAUGUGUAGAUUAGCUAGUCAGAAGGAUGACCUGGCUCAAACUCGCAUAUGAAAAAUCUUUGUUACGGAAACAAAAUGUUUCAUUUAAAUUCCACACGUGAAUAUAUGCUGAAAUAUUGCUACGAGACUGCGCAUAUGUUGGAAUUGUUAAAAAAAAGAACGUGCCGAGGUGUUGUUGGUUGUUGUUUUUUUUGGAGGGGGGGGGAAAAUGCAAAUGUGUGUUUUCUUUGUAAAAGCAUUUUUUAUUCAAAAUUUGAUACCCUUUUAUCAUGCUAAACUUUGAAUUUAAUUUUUUUUUAGAUUAAAGCUUAGUAUGCUAUCAAA